AUGGCCGUGGCAAACUUUCAGUAUAUCACUCGGAUGAGCAGCGGAUUCAAGGUCUACAUCUUAGAGGGUCAGCCACAUCACAGAACCGAAGACCGAUUUAGACACAUCCAAACUGAACCACAAAGAGCUUCAACGGGGAUUCCUCUGAAACGCAAACGCAGCUUUGAGCGAGGGCUGACCCUGGAGGAAAGACGGGAGCGAGCCCUGAGCAGAAGUCUUUCAAAAGCAUCAGAAAGAGAGACACAAGUAGCGUCUGCCUCUAACAGCCCUCAAAGUCCAACAUCCUCAUGGAGUCCAGCUUUUAGCCCUACCUGCCACCCUCCUCCUCAUUUCUAUUACGCACCAAUCAUGGACGAACCACUUGCACUGAUCAAAAAACCAAGAAAGGAUCCAGAACUCCCACCGGAGAAGCCUAAAAGUUCCACUCAAAUCCAGAUGCGGCCCUCUGUGAUCACCUGUGUGUCGUCUGUGAAAAGCCCAAGCGGCAGGCCGGACAUGCACAAGCCCAUUUCGUCAGUUUCCCAAAGCCACUGUGACCGCGUGGUAGACGAGCACUUCCAGAGGAGCCUGGGAGAGAGGUACCAGAGAGUGGUCCAGUCCCAGCAGCAGCUCUCCAUCAGCAUCUCUGUGGACGACCACUUCGCCAAAGCCCUGGGAGACAAGUGGCAGCAGAUCAAAUGUAAAACUUCAUCCUGUUCCUCCACACCUCCAAGCAGCCCGAGCGUCACCCACUCUCCCACGUAUAGCAGCCCGUACCAGAACCACAAAGACCCCACCAGCUCCAGCCACUGGUCCACUCACUAA